CUCGCUCCACCAUUUCUGUCCUUCACACCCCUCUAGCAUUUUUACGUUCUCAAUUCAAUAUUCAUACGUACUAACUUAACAUCUCCUUGACAUUUAUUUUCAAUUUACCACUACAUAUCCUGAAAACGACAUCGAAAGGCAAAAUGGCACCGAACAAAGUCAUUAUCCUGACCGGCGCCUCGAGAGGCAUCGGCCAAGCCGUGGCACAAUACCUCCUGAGUCCGCCGCGCUCGCACAAUGUCGUGGUUCUCGCGCGCAGCAAAGCGCCCCUGGAGGCCCUUCAGAAGCAAUAUCCGGAGCAAGUGCAAGUGGUUGCGGGGGAUCUGGCGGGGGACUUUUCGCUGGCGGACAAGGCAGUGCAGGUGGCACUAGACACGUGGGGGCGGGUGGACGCUUUGAUUGUCAAUCACGGAGUGCUGGAUCCCGUGCGCAGGAUCGCGGACGCGGAUAUCGAUGCUUGGCGGAGAGCGUAUGAUGUGAAUGUGUUCGGGGCGGUGGCGUUUGCAAAAGCGGCAUUGCCGGCGCUGCGGGAGAGUCAAGGUCGGAUUGUAUUCACGUCGUCGGGCGCGGCGAACUCGGGCUACGUGGGCUGGGGCGCGUAUGGCUCGUCCAAGGCGGCGAUUAACCACCUUGCAAAGACGCUGGCCAACGAGGAACCGAGUGUCACGAGUGUAGCGCUUCGUCCGGGCGUCGUGGAUACGGAGAUGCAGACGGAUAUCCGAGGUGUGCAUACGCAAUACAUGGACGCCAAAGAGGCGGAGAAGUUCUCCAAGCUCAAGAAUGAAGGCGGGCUGCUGAAGCCGGAGCAGCCUGGAACAGUAAUCGCAAACUUGGCACUUAAGGCGCCGAAAGAGCUCAGCGGGCAGUUUGUAAAUUGGAGCGACGAGGAACUAAAAGAGUUUCAAGCUUAAAUGGGAGGGGUAUCAUUAUUAAAUUAGACUAUGAUAACGUAAACUAUGGCAUGAUAUAGAUCUGUAUAAGAAGCCGUCAGCAACACGUUUCUGAGAUGACAGACUUGCAACAAAGGUGUGUAUGGAUGAGGGCUUCAGCCGAAAGAUGAAAAGCUCGACUUUUGGUAUUCCGCAUGCGACGCCUUUCGACGCCUUGAGAUUUAGCAUGGAAAAAGUGUUUUAAUCCUAAGCCAGUGCGGA